CUCCUUCGGGCGCGCCCUGCGUCGCGGGCUCGGGGAUUGCAAAGAUGGCAAAUAACCUAUGUGCCAGGUAAUCCCACGUGCACGCUCAGCAUGUCGGCUGGCAUCAGCCCCUUCCAGUAAGCGGGGGAAGAGGGAGGACUGGCCCCGGCGCCAUGGCAUCGCCCCGGAGUGCUCCGCAUGCGUCCCCUCCCGAUGGCGGCUGGGGAUGGAUGAUUGUUGCCGGUUGCUUCCUUGUCACCAUCUGUACCAGGGCUGUGACGAGGUGCAUCUCCAUUUUUUUUGUGGAGUUCCAGGCAUACUUUGGUCAGGAUUAUGCCAGAACGGCCUGGAUCCAUUCCAUUGUAGACUGCGCCACAAUGCUCUGUGCCCCACUCGGAAGUCUGAUCAGUAAUCAUGUGUCCUGCCAAGUUGGUAUCAUGCUAGGAGGGCUGCUUGCAUCUACUGGACUAAUUCUGAGUUCAUUUGCCACCAGUCUGGAACAUCUCUACUUAUCAUUAGGAGUCCUUACAGGACUUGGGUUUGCACUCUGUUAUUCUCCAGCCAUUGCAAUGGUGGGCAAGUAUUUCAACAGAAGAAAAGCGCUGGCUUAUGGAAUAGCCAUGUCAGGAAGCGGAAUUGGUACCUUCAUCUUGGCCCCAGUGGUCCAGCUCUUAAUUGAGCAGUUUUCCUGGCGUGGAGCAUUACUCAUCCUGGGAGGUUUUGUUUUAAACCUCUGUGUCUGUGGUGCCUUGAUGCGGCCUAUUGCUCUUAAGGAGGACCGUAAGACUGCUCCUGAGUUUCUUGAACAGGAUUAUGUCCCUGAGGCACAGAAGCAAGACUUAAAGCAGAUGUCCAUCUGUUCACCUUUAAUCAAAGCGUGGUCCCAUGAAUGUUUAUGCUACUGCUCAUGGAAGGAAUAUGACUUUUUACUGAUGCCAGGCUUCAUGGUGCUGGCAGUGUCUGUUUUAUUUAUGGCCUAUGGCUGUAGCCCUCUCUUUGUCUACUUAGUGCCUUAUGCUUUGAGCGUUGGAGUGAGUAAUCACCAGGCUGCCUUCCUCAUGUCCAUACUUGGUGUCAUUGAUAUUGUUGGUAAUAUCACCUUUGGAUGGCUAACAGACAGAAGGUGUCUGAAGAAGUAUCGACACUUCUGCUACCUCUUUGCAGUGGGAAUGGAUGGUCUCUGUUGUCUUUUCCUGCCAGUUCUCCAAAAUUUCCCCUUGCUUGUGCCCUUUUCAUUUACCUUUGGCUACUUUGAUGGAGCCUAUGUAACACUGAUCCCUGUUGUGACAGCAGAUGUAGUGGGAACCUCUUCCUUAUCAUCAGCAUUGGGUGUCGUGUAUUUUCUGCAUGCCAUACCAUAUCUAGUGAGCCCGCCUGUUGCAGGUUGGCUUGUGGAUACAACUGGCAGCUAUACUGCAUCAUUUCUCCUGUGUGGAUUUUCUAUGAUAUUUAGUUCAACACUGUUGUGCUUUGCAAGACUAGCAAAGAAAAUCAAAAGAACACAUUUGCAGUCACUUACCAAUGAUACUAACACCAAACAGCACAUCUGGACAAAUGGAGCAAUAGCUUAUUCCGUCACAGGAGAAUUAGACCAAAAGGAUGUUGAAUUUUUGGCUGCUGAUACAAACAGCUACAGCAACAGAUGACAAGUGCCAUCAAGAUUCAGCACAGCACAGCCAGAGGUGGCUGUGUGGUGUUAAGCUGCUGAAGAUAUUCCACCUGUGAAACAAAGCAUCUCCCAGUUAGAUUUUUCUGUCAUGUUUGAGUAGGCUAAAAUCGACAUACAGCAACAGUAAUACAAAGUUAAUAUAUUAAUAGCGCAGAGCUAGAUUUAAAGUGAAGAGAGUUUAUAGGUGCAAGUGUUCAGAUUUGUUUCUACUGCAAUAUGUUGGCUCUACAGGUAAUAUCAAAGAUGAUAAUUGGCUAUAAUCAAAAGUAAAUUAUGAUGUAAUCAGUCAACAAAUGAACAACAAAAUUUAAGUUUAAAUUAUUUUUAAAAAUAUUUAAACAAUGUUGAUGAAAUAAGCUUUUUGGUAUCUUAGUCGCUUAUGUUUCAGGGGACUAUUUAUAGAACCCACCAAAAACCUUCACAAUUUAUUCAUUUGUGUAAAACUCUGCAAAUAACUGUUUCACAUGCCAAAGUUAUUUUAUAGAAAAUCUGUCAAGAAGCCAUAGCUUGUGUUGAAAGCAUCUCUGAGGCAGCUUUAUUUUUACAGUAUGUCUAAAUUUUGUAUGCGAAUUACAACUUCAUUUGAAAUACGUUUUUGAGCUACUUUCCCAAACCUCUGCUGCACCAGGAUUUUAAGGCAGCCAUCACUUUUUUUUUUUUUUUUUUUUUUUUCCUGGAGAUCAUUAAAGCCUGAAUUUCUAAGCCUUGCCAUUCCAAUUAUUAUCCUCAAGCAAGCCACUUUCUGGGAAGGUGGCAGAGGGGCUGCGGCUGCGGUGCUGCCCGCGAUGGGGGUACGUCUGUGCCAGGAGAUGAGGUGUGCUGGCGACGGAGCCUGCUUUGGUGGCAUGAGCUGGUGGUGGUGCCAAGGCAGCCCGGGAGGCCAGGCGGAGAGGCUCGUGUUUCUCCAGAUACACCGUCUCUUCCUUCGGUGAAAUCAGCGGUUGUUGAAGGAGAGUGUGCAAGCAGGUAACUGAGAAACUGCUUGCUCCGCAGGCCGUUAGGAAAGAGGAUGUUGGCAGACAGGUUGUUCCUCUAUGUUGUAGUGUCAGGGCUGUCUCCUUCUUAGGAUCCAGGAGCUCUAUCUUCAGGUGGUCCAAAUUACUCAUUUGUACCAGCUGAAGAGCUGAUCAGGUCAUUUGUCAUGGGUGGCCAGAAAACAACAGCUGUGAUUUGUUGAUGAUUUCCUGCUACUUGUGCUAGCAAAAUUCUACAGCUGGCUGCUUGGUAAAUGAUAUAGCCUGAAUGUACCUCGUGGGAUAAAUUAUUGAUGUGAUGAUUUAUUGAAUAGUGGGAUACUUCUGCAUUUCCAAAAUGAAGUUGUUGUCAGAGGAACUUCACAAUCUGAAAUGCAAAUCAUUUCUCUAUUUUGAUACUGUAUAAAGCAUUGUUCUGUUCGUUAGUAAGUUGAUCAGAGUCCAAAUAUUUUCAUCAAUGCUGAACUAGUAGCUUGAUAAUCAUCUACAAUGUAUUAUUCCACUCAGUGCCUCAGAAGGGAAAGCAACAUAGACUGUGAAGUUGAUUUAGAUCAAGUGUAAAAAGAGCACAACUGUAAGGGCAUGAUGUAUUUUUCAUAUAUAAGAAUAGUAUGUGUGUUAAGUAGUUCUAUUUUUCAUGCGUAUUUCCAAUGUAACAUUGACACUGUUUGACUUCAGUUGGCAGUGUUCAAAGCGUUUAUAGUCCAGUCCAGAAAUCUGUUCCAAGCAAGUGGCAUGAUUUAUGUGCACACAGAACACAGAUUAAGAGAGCGAGUGUAAAACCUGCUUAAAACUAGUAGCAUGGCUUUAUUUCAGCUCUGUGUAGCAUCAGGUUAGAGCAACCAAGCUGGACUGGAUUUCUACCAGAUGUCACAGGGCCGAUGGCCCAGGGCACCCCAGGUAUCUGCAUAGGCCAAAGAUUUCCCCAAAUGUGCCUGCUUCUCUUUGCUGAACUUCUAAAAGGCAGCCAGAGUGGUACACGCUGGAGGUGUUUGGUGGGAGAAGCACUCUUGACCAAGGAGUUCCUCUGUGGGGGAGCUCUGUCUUCAGUGCCAGGCAAAGUUGGCCCAUCAUUCUAAUGACUUUGGCCCAUGGCUUUAACUUAUUUACACCUGGUUUGUGUAUUUUUCAGAAGCACAGCUUUGGGACUCCUUCAUUUCUUCCUAAUAUGCUUUUAAUUUGUUCACAGUGAAGGUGAGAGGGGCCUCUAAGUUUGAUAUGGACAUGCAGGUAACAAACGGAAAUGAGUAUUUGCACCAGAAAAAUCUUAUCUUGAAUCUGAACUAAUAUUCAAAGCCACUAGAAAUAUUCCAAUCUGAAUUUGGAAUGUUGCUAACAUCAUUCUUCAGGCAAGAUUCUGAUUGUAAAUAUAACAGAGCUGGUUAACUUAGCCUAAAAGAGCUGUUUUUGAAAGCUGAAGUUCAAAACACCUGCAUGCCAAAGAAUCCGGGAAAAGUUUUCAUCAUCCAGACUGAACUGCCUUUCGUCUUUCCACCAACUUCCGUUUGCUAAUGAAUAUUUCCCAUAAACUACCCCCAAAAGAAAACAGAACUCAUAACAUGUCAUUGCUGCAAGUUUGACUUGUGUCUGGACCACAUUUUCCUUUUGGUUUAUGACUGUUUUUCUGGCUGAAGUAAUCUGUAGUCAUUCUUCCAGGUUUGUGCAGCCAUCUUUUUGUGAGAACAGGAGCAGAGGGGAGGUGCUGUCUUUUUCAGUCUGUGCCUGUGAGGAAGGACCAUUAGCCUGAGUCAGGACUGGUGAGACUAUUGUAUCCUAAGGAAAAGUAAAAGGCAAUUUCAGUUGGUGUUGAUUUGUUUGUAUGAUCUUGGGGUGUAAUCUGAUUGUGACUCUCGUGACAGUAAUAAAAAAUAUCAAGAGACCUUAA